AUGCCUCCGAUUGUCCGAAGGGAGCUUGAAGGCUUGCCUGACCAGGAUUUCCAGAACAGAGAGCGCUUAAUGCCGCGGCUGGUCGAAAUCAUAUCAAACCUGCAAUCGAGGUUACUUGAUGUAUACCGACAGUCACCAGCAUCUGGACACGACCCGCGACCGCAACCUACUACAGAAGUGGAUCUCUCCCACGACAAACCAAGGGAGAGCGGCAGUGGAUCGGGUACGACACCAUCAGCGUCGGAGUCUCUUGACACUCUCACGCCACCACCGGUUCCGGACUUGGUAGUCAACGCUGACGAAUUUGUCGAUUCGCUUCUGGGCCUUGACUUCGAAUACAAUGAUAUGGAGAUAACCUCCGAAGAGCUUCAGAAGUUGCUGGAUGAUUGGGCUCAACCUGGGGACAUGGUCAAUGAUGAAAAGUCAGUGUAA